AUGUUGAGCGAGCCGGAGUAUCCGUCUUUUUUCGGCUUUCCCUUCUUCACGCUAUAUACGGGUAUCCAUCGCCUUUCGGUGGCGGUGGGGGUGAUUCCGAGGGAAAUGACUGGAGCUAAUCGAUCAGCAUCGCACGCCGGCUCUUGGUACUCGGACAACACCCGAGAGCUGGAUCGUCAGCUUACCGAAUGGCUGUCCUCACCACAGCGGGUCGGCGUCGCCAGGGCGAUUAUUGCACCACAUGCCGGCUAUUCCUAUUGCGGCGAGACGGCUGCCUACGCUUUCAAGCAAAUUGUUCCGGAUAACAUCCACCGUAUCUUCAUCCUUGGCCCCUCCCACGUUGCUGCUCUUGAUCGAUGUGCUUUGACAACUUGCAAAAAGUAUAAGACGCCGCUCGGAGAUUUGAAUGUAGAUACCCAAGUUGUCAACGAUCUUUUCGCCGAGUUUGGUGCGGAUUUUGAGAAAAUGGAUCGCCGCGAUGAAGAGUCAGAGCACUCCCUAGAGAUGCAACUUCCAUUUUUGGCAAAGGUUAUGCAGAGCCGCGGCUUGGACUCAUUUUCAAUCGUUCCGAUCCUCGUCGGCUCCCUCGACAUCCGAUGGCAGAAAAAGUACGGCCGGAUUUUGGCUCGCUACCUCGAAGACCCGAAAAAUCUGUUCGUCAUCUCAUCGGAUUUCUGCCAUUGGGGCAACCGUUUCCGCUACACUCCUCAGGACGGCUCCGAUCAGCCGAUUUUCCGGCAAAUCGAGCGUCUCGACCGCCAGGGGAUGGAGGCGAUCGAGUCGUUGAAUCCGGAUGUUUUUAAUACCUACCUCUCCAAAACGCAUAACACGAUAUGCGGGCGGAACCCGAUAUGUGUCAUGUUGCAGGCAGCCGAGCACUUCCGACUCGCCAACAACCACACGCAUGAAUUUAAAUUCUUGCGUUAUUCGCAGUCGAAUCAGGCUCGCCAUGCCAGCGACUCAUCAGUGUCUUACGCUGCCGGUGCGCUCUUCAUUCACCCACGUGCCAAC